AUGGCUGACGAUAUCCAUACCACUGGUGGCCAAGACAUCACCGUCGUUAGCGGUCUUCCGAAUGUUCCCAGUAACUCCAAUCCCAAGUACCCCGAUAUUGUCCAGCAAGCCGUUCCAACUCAGUACAAGCGCGGCGCUGGCAUGGACUUCGACUUCGAUCUCAAGACAACAGCAACAACAAGAACAAGUCACAAUGCAAGAGAAGGAACAAGUUUGGUGAUCAAUGAUCAUUGUAUUUGA